AUGCAGAACACAUUUGAGGCGAGUGCAUAUCGGGUCUACAGGGAGUCAGGUCAGCUUUUUGCCGUCGCAGCACCAGCAUUUGGUGGCGGACUAAGCGGUGUACAGAAGGAGAUGAAGGCUCAUGGUCUCAUUGCAGGUGAAGUCAUCCGGUGUGGUACUCAAUUAUGCUUUGUGUCAAACUAUGUCAAACUGGGUGCGACAUGUCCAAGGAUCUGUAAUGAUCUUCAAGAGACCUUUCAACAUUUUCAACAGAAUGCCUAG